AUGAUGCUUUUCACACUUUUGCUCAUCAAUUUGUCCACCUUUUCGCACGGAUGGAGAGAAUAUGUGGGGAAAACCCAGUCUUAUGACAAAAUGCAAAUUUUCAGAGAAUUUUCGAGUGCUUCAGUGUUCAGCACGAUUUUCAGUCAAUAUUUAAUGGAAGCGUGAAAUUUGACGUUGAAAAGUGCUACGGAAGUGAAGUUUCCAGUUUUUAUGAUGUAAACAUUUUGGAAUUUGAACAAAAUUCAAUGACAUUUUUGAUUUUAGGCCUGCAGAACGGAAUUGAUCAACGGAAUGUUGUACAGCGGAUGCAUGAACGCAUCCGAUUGGCAGCAUAAUUUUUUGUGCACUCCGACACGAAAAAGACGUGAAUAUUUCGAUGAUAUGGUGAAUUUUGUGCAAAAUGAAUGUUUUUUUGCAAAAAGUUGUUCAGGACGGUCUGGGAAUUAAAAUCUUCGAUCACACAAAGGCGUGGUGUUGUCACGAGCCGCUGUGCAACAAUUUGAAAUUUUUCCGUCUUUUGGUACGUCGAAAUCUGAAUUUGUAGCGUAACGAAUAGUACAGAAAGGUGCGGAGGAACGAAAAGAAGUCAAAGUGGCUGAGCAGCACCUUUCCAACAUGGUCGUCGUCGCUUUUUCCAUUUUUAUCGUUAUUUUGGUCUCUUUUAUCGAAGUUCUACGCAUCAAAGUACGUUUUUUCGAGGGAAAAUGAGUUUCUAAAAUUUUUUCAGCCACUCUAUGGACGGGUCAUUUCGGAUCGAUAUGAUGAUGGAGCAGUGUGA